UUGUAAGGAACGCUGAUCACUCCAAUUUUUCGGUAUAGUAUGCCAUUAGGUCCUCUUGGACGCGCUGCAGUCCUACUGUGUCGACGUGGUGCCACGACCCAACUGUGCAUCUCGCUCGGCCAUCUCCAUUACUGGCGGUCACUACGUGCUCCGAUCGCACUUCCUUCCCCCACCGGGAACCGCGUGUACUGCUCCGGCUCCCCGGGCUUCGCAUCCUCAGCCUCCACAAGCCCACCGGCGCCGGCCCCAACCGCCCUGCCCCAACCUAUCACGGACGUCUCCCCCGGCGGCGACCUGAUGGCUGGCGUGGAGGUCAUAUCGGAGAGCGACUGGCAGCACCUGGGGGCCCACCUGGCCGCCUAUGACGAGCAGCGGGAGGCGCUCAUCAAGAAGUGCAGGGACAUGCAGAAGCUGGCCAAGCAGGCCGUGUACUCGCUGCACCGGGGGGAGGCGGCGCGGGCGGAGCAGCAGCUGGACAAGACAGAGUCACUAGCCCGGGAGCUGCUGCCGGCGCUGGCCAAGUACCCCUCCCUGCGGCCCGGAUCCUACUCGGCUGCGAUAGAGGAGUACGCUGAGGCCAAGGCGUUCUCCGUGUUCCUGCGCGAGGGGCGGCUGGUGCGUUCGGAGGAGCUGCCACUGGCGGAGCCCGAGGAGUUCCUGGGCGGCGUGUUGGACUUCACGGGCGAGCUCAACCGCUACGCAGUGGCUCGCGCCACGCAGCGGGACCGGGCGGCGGUGCAGCGGUGCCGGGACCUGGUGGACGGGCUGAUGGGCAGGUUCCUGCAGUUCGACCUGCGCAACGGCUCACUGCGUAAGAAGUUCGACGCACUCAAGUACACCCUCAAGAAGAUGGAGAGCACACUGUACGAGCUGGCUCUGACGGAGGCGAUGGGGUUUAAGGUGGAGGCAGCGGGCAUGGAGCCGGAUGCGGCGGGAGGUUCGGGAGGCGGCGGU